UGUGUGCGUAUGCGUGCGCGCGCGUCAGGGAGAGAGGCACUCCUUUUGCAGAGCGAGAGAGAGAGAGAGAGAGAGAGAGAGCGGGGUAGAGAUUAGGAGCAGUGAGAGAAGUAGAAGACGCCUGGCUGCCAGGUCUCAACACUUACAAACCUCCCAAAACAAAGUGAAUACUUCUCCUUGAGAAAAGUUCGAAGCGCGGCCAUGGACGGGAAGGCUUUCGGACGCACGUCGCUUUUGUGCACCUUGCUUCUCGGGGCGUUGCGGGUUUGCAGUGGGACGGUGACUGUGACCGUCUCUCCUAAAGUGGAGGUGUUGAAGGGAGAAACUGUCAAACUGCCCUGCUCGUACACCGUCUCCCCACCCUCAAACAACGUUGUUGUUGAGUGGUACAUCGAGCAGGGGACCAGGAAACGUGUGGCUUUCCACUCCGGGAACGGCAACGGCAGAAUCGAUGAGGGCACCCCUCUGACCCACCGCAGCACUUUCGAGGAGGACUUCACCUUGAAAAUCUUGUCUGUUCAACCCUCUGACGAGCUGGUCUUCUACUGCCAGGUCACCGCUGGCCCCGCGGGAGUCUCUGACGCCUCCACUAUGCUCAAAGUCUUCUUCCCUCCAGAGAAGCCACAACUAACAAGACCAUCAAGUCAGGCCAUCUCUGUGGGGCAGACCACCAGCUCUCAGAUUGGUAGCUGUCUGUCAAUGAAUGGACAUCCCCAGCCAAGAAUUAUCUGGUUCAAGAAUGACCAACCCCUGCCGGAGGUGAAGGACGUCAAAGCGAAUACCUACAUGAUCCCCUCUGUGGUGAAGGAGGCCUCCGGACUCUACACCAUCAAGAGUGACCUGUACAUGCAGCCCACCAAGGAGGACAAGGACUCCGUGUUCCAGUGCAUCGUGGAGUACAGUAUGCCGGGAGACCAGGUGAAGCAGGAGAAGUCCAACACCAUCACCAUCAACCUUUACUACCCUUCUGAGAAAGCCACCUUUUCCCUGCUCAACACCACCCCAGUCAAGGAGGGCGAUAACGUCACCAUGAAGUGUGAGACUGACGGAAACCCUCAGCCUGUGUUCGAGUUCACCAAAAACAAAGCGCCCGUCCCCGGUGAGAGCGGCUUUCUGAGGAUCCCAUCCGUCAAGCGCACGGACGCAGGCCUGUACACGUGCACCGCCAUGGAUUUCGAUAACUUGGACGCUGACCUGUCCGGAUCCAUCAACCUCACCAUCCAGUACAUCGACCCGGUGAACGUGACCCCGGCUGAACCUCAGGUCGUCAUGCUUGGAGACAAAGUGGAGUGGCAGUGCAAGACCAAGGCCUCUGCCCCGCACACGGUGCAGUGGAAAAAGGGCUCCGAGGUGCUCUCUCAGGACGGCACGCUGUCCAUACACGCCGUGACCUACGACAAAGCCGGCGUGUACAGGUGCGUCGGAGCCGUGCCGUCCGUGCCCGGACUGACGGCGCACGCCAAAGUCAACCUCACUGUCAAAGGAAAGCCGAUGAUCGAGCCUCCGGAGGCUGCAGAGGUGGGGAAGGAUGGAGCUGUGACCCUGAAGUGCGUGGCCGACGGCUUCCCUUUGCCUCAGUUCACCUGGAAACCCUCCGGAAAAGAGUCCGUUCAGGUGGAGACUAACAGUGCGACGAGCACCGUGACCCUUCAAGCCACGCCCGAGAUCCUGAGGGACGGCGUGACCUGUGAGGUGUCCAACGAGUUCGGCAAAGACAGCCAGGUCUUCAAAGUCACACAGAAAGAAGCUGACAACUCGGCCGACAGAGUGCUGCUCACUGGAAACCCUGUGUUUGAGCCAGCUGAACACAAGCAGGCAGGCUCAGGCGGGGUGGUGGUAGCCGUGGUGGUGUGUGUCCUGCUGCUCCUGCUGCUGGUGGCCCUCAUCUACUUCCUGAGCAAGACGAAGAGGCUGCCCUGCAGCAAGAAGAAGGGCAAGGAUGUGCCAGAGAGUGAAAAGGUGAACAAUGAGACCAGUCUCAUCCAGAAGGGACCGGCCACGGAACAGUGUUGAGCACAGACACAUCCAACAGAAGGAGGACGACAGUUAUGAAGACGACAGGGCUCAUUUUUAUGUUUUACAGUCUGGGGAACUGGGGGGAGGUUUGGGGUGGGGGGUGGGGGUGGGGGUAUGGAAGCUGAAGCACGGCGGCGGGUUCGAUUCCGGGACACACCACGUUCUGCCUUUCGCUCGCUUGUCUCACGGCCUGCUGGGGUGGAGUUGGAAAGGUUUUCACCUCCUCCCUUAGAAUCACACACGUGCAAAGUCCCGGCACGAAGUAAACGGCUCCGAUUCGCUCACACUUCUGGUUCGACUCCACCGUCAGGUAGAGCAGCGGGCGUCCUCAGCCGCUGAACGUCUACUUUCCUCUGCAGUCUGCACUUAUAUUCUGUCCUCUCCACUGGGAAGUAUCACACGCUGCCAUUUUGUUUCAUUUAUCACAGUAAAGUGAUGAUUUACGCUCACAUCCAGGUUUAAUCCCCACACACGCCCCGCUUGGCACGCGCCGGUGCCGUUUCCGCUCAGAGGAGCCGUGUUUGCUUUAGUGCCGUCUGUUUAAUUGCAUUUUUGUGUCCUGUAAACAUUGAUAUAUUUCUCUUUUGAUAUCCCUAUUAGUGCUCAGUAGAAACAGCACAGGCAUAAAAAUAAAAAAAACGCUAAUCCUUUCUCUAAAAUUGCCUUUUUAAAUCCAGUGAAACGCCACCAAGCAAGUGGGCUGUUAGAUUGUACAAAUUUAUUUUGGUUGUUCAUUCCUUUCUUCUCUUCGCUCACCUAUUUUGUGUGUAAAUUAAAAUGCUGAUUGCUCUGUCUGUCAAGCAGCAGGUGUUCUGCUCAUAAUGUGACUGUGGUUACUAAGCUGCUGGCCCGGGCCGGUAAUUGCUGCCAUUUCUUACUGAGUUUUUCGUAGCCUCGACCGUAGCGUGGAACCGUUCUCGCAAACGGCAGCACCCGCCCGUUCUGCUGAGAAAGAAAAAAAAAACAAUUAUCAUCAGCUAAAAUUGGCAGAAUUCAGCAGAAGGGUGGCCAAUCUCCACCUGGGGCGUUUCCCUAUAACAACAUGGGCCGUCGGCGGCUGCAGCGCAGUGGUCACAGAUUCACCUGCUUGGACAAAUCACUGUAGUCUGACACGAGCAGGAAAGGGAGGUUUGUGAGGCUUCGAGGCGAUUGUACCUUUUUAUUUUUACCAAAUAUGUGAGACUGCGUAUUUAGGUACACAGUGCUGGCCUUUGGUCCUCAUCCCCUACACUGUCAGCGCGUCACAGGCUGUGGAGGAGACGAUGUGCUAUUUAAAUUUGUUGUACACUGGAACUAAUGGCCUUGUUUUUUAAAAGGAGGCCACUUCAAACCACUGUUUGCAACCAUAAAGCUCAUUUUGUCUACUGAAGUUAGAUACUGUACGUGAAUCUGGAGCAUUGUUUAGUUUUUUUAUUUCACUGUUUUAUAUAAAGUACUGUGGUAUAAACGUGUUUUGUUUUGUUGGUUUGAGAAAGUGGCUUCAUCAUUUUGGAACUACUGAGUUUUCUUUUUUCAACGCUUUUCCACUCGCUCAGAAAAGAGAUUUUUUUAGGACUCCUAUGAGAUAUUCUCAGUGCUUUACUUCGCUCUCUGUUUAUUGUGUAUUUUGUGGUACGCUGUUGUGAUCUCUGUGGUGUGUUGAUGUAUCUUUUUAUUUUGUUCCAGCUGUGUAGAAUUUAUAAUGAAAAAAAAGAAACUCCAGAAAACCAGUCA